CUCUCAUAGUAUGUCCAGACCACAGAGUCACGGACUAACUUCUCUCUAUUCUUUUGAUCAUUAAUCUUUUAUCUUUCUCAAUUAUUCUUAACAUCAACUUAUUCACCUUAAUCUUUUGAUUAUUAAUCUUUAUCUUUCCUAAUAUUCCUAACAUUAUUGUAAUCUCUUCUGAAAAAAUAAUAAUUAGUUCUAUGGUCGAUGAAUUGACCCUUUUCUGUCCCAAUCUUUGUUCUGACUUUAAAGUUUGAUUUUUCGUUGUUUAUGUCCAGUUUUGGCUUUUAUGUGUAUAUAUAUGUGUAUACAUAUAUGUAUAUAUACACACGAUUAUAUAUAUCUUAUAUAGCUGACAAAUGAAAGUGAAGCACUACGAUAACCAUGCGAAUGCUGUGUGACGUCUGUGAAAGCGCUGCCGCCAUCCUCUUCUGCGCUGCUGAUGAGGCCGCUCUCUGCCGCUCUUGCGAUGACAAGGUCCACAUGUGUAAUAAGCUUGCCAGUCGGCAUGUAAGGGUGGGACUUGCUGACCCCAGUGAUGUACCUCACUGUGACAUAUGUGAAAAUACUCCUGCUUUCUUUUACUGUGAGAUAGAUGGAAGUUCCCUUUGCUUGCAAUGUGAUAUGACUGUACAUGUUGGAGGUAAAAGAACCCAUAAAAGAUACCUCAUGUUGAGGCAAAGAGUUGAGUUUCCGGGGGAUAAACCUGGCGAUAUGGUGGACCCGACCUCUCAACACAGAGAUCCAGGAGAGAACAGGAAGGGAAAAAAUAUGCCACUCACACUGACAAAUGGAGAGAACCAGCCAAAUCACACGAUCUCUCCUGUUCGAAUGUCAGAUGUCAAGGCUGAUGGGCAUGCCAAGAUGGACACUAAGAUGAUUGAUUUGAAUAUGAAGCCAUAUCGUACUUAUGAACAAGCUUCAAAUAAUCAGCAGGAACUAUGAGUCUUUCAGUCAAGUAUUUGCACAGCAUUAAUAAUUCGCGUUGCAGAGCAUAAGACUGUGAUCAAAGGAAGUAGAUAGCACGAUAACCAUUGUUAGUUAUGUGAAAUUUUUGCGCUCUCAUUUGUGAUGUGGUAUUCCUAUUGAGGUGGCAGUGAAAAAUACGCAUUAAAAGAGCUCGAUUGUUGCAUUAACUUUCCGUUACAUCUUAAGAGCUGGAACCCUGCAUUUGAGGACUGAAUUGAAGUGUUCAGAGAACAAUGAGCUUUGGUUGAUUGAGCUGAAAAAUGGUCCAAUCGACUAGCUUUGUGAGGCAUGUAUAUAAUGUGUUCAGUAUAUUUACUGCUGUUCUUGUAGUCACUAAUGGAUGAUCAGAGCUCUCUUUUUUAUGGCAAUGCUUUUGCCUUUCACUUUUUUUUCCCACACUAAUGCUGCUGCAGACACUAUGGCUGAGGAGAGAUGUGUAAUCGGACAACAUUGAAAUCCAUGGGCCUCUUCGGUUCAGUUUUCUUAGAACAGUUUUGUGAUUUUGAGUUAUGUACGUAAAAUUGUUUAGUUGUUGAUUUCUGAAUACUGUUUUUCGAAAAGUCGGUUAAAAAAAUGUCUGUUUUCGUAGAA